AUGUCGGACCGAAAGUCCGUUGAUGUGGAGGCGGCACCGCGUAUCCAAAUCGCGAAGAAGUCCAUGUGGCAGUCAAUCUUCGCCAAUCCUAAAGUUCUACUUAUCGCGUUCUUUGCUUCUUUUGGUGGAUUCGAGUAUGGAUACCAGCAAGGUGUCUUGGGCCAAUCCCUGGUCAUGACCAGGUUUACUGAAAACUUCCCCACCGUCGUCGCAUCGUCUACAGCAACUGGCUGGUUGACCUCCGUUCUCCAAUUGGGAGGUAUUGCGGGUUCGUUGGCCGCCGGUAUCCUUGGAGAGAUCUACUCCCGCAAAUACACCAUGUUCUUCGCCUGCUGCUGGGUUAUUCUGGGCAGCUAUCUCUAUAUUGGCGCCACCGCCGGAAACCCAUCUCUUCUCUAUGCAGGACGGUUUUUCACUGGUCUGGGUGUCGGCCUGUUCAGUGGUGUCGGCCCACUGUACAACGCUGAGCUUGCUGCCCCCGAAAUGCGCGGCUUGCUCGUUUCAUUCUAUCAGUUCGCCACUAUUCUCGGAAUUAUGAUCUCUUUCUGGGUUGGAUACGGCAGCAACAACAUCGGUGGUGUCGGCGAGACUCAAUCCGACAUGGCAUGGCGUCUUCCCUCUAUCAUUCAAGGCAUCCCCGCCAUUUUCCUGGCAUGCGGAAUCUGGUUUAUGCCUUUCUCGCCUCGCUGGUUGGUCAAACAGGGCCGUGAUGAAGAAGCUCAGUCUACUCUGGCCUGGAUGCGCAAGCUGCCCGUGGAGCACGAGCUGGUCCAGGUCGAGUAUUUGGAGAUCAAGGCCGAGGCCCUCUUCGAAAAGCGCGCUUUUGCCAAGUCGUCGCCUAAGCUGGCGGAGCGCGAGCGCCAGAGCGUUUUCAUGAACCAGGUUGCUCAAUAUGCUAACUGUGUUCGCUCGAUGGACAACUUUAAGCGUGUCGCCACUGCCUGGAUGGUUAUGUUCUUCCAGCAGUGGAGUGGUGUUGAUGCAAUCAUUUAUUAUGCGUCCAACGUCUUUGUCAGUCUCGGUCUGACUGGUGGCACCAUUGCUCUCCUCGCUACCGGAGUCACUGGUGUUGUUUUUAUUAUUAGCACUAUUCCCGGCAUGUUGGUCAUCGACAAAAUUGGUCGUAAGCCUAUGCUUCUUGGAGGAUCUGCUCUCAUGUUUGUCAGCAUGGUUAUUGUCGGGAUCAUCGUCGCUAAAUUCCAGCACGAUUGGCCCGGUCACGUCGCAGCUGGUUGGAGUGCGGUUGCUCUUAUCUGGCUGUAUAUCGCAGGUUUCGGAGCCACCUGGGGUCCUGUCUCAUGGACCCUUGUCUCUGAGAUUUUCCCUCUCUCCAUUCGCGCCAAGGGUGCCUCAAUUGGUGCCUCUAGCAACUGGAUCAACAACUUCGCCAUUGCCUUCUUCGUGCCUCCCAUGCUCCAAGCUUGGCAGUGGGGUACAUACAUUUUCUUCGCCGGUUUCCUCCUAGUCGGUAUCUUCUGGGUCUAUUUCUUCCUCCCGGAGACCAAGAAUGCUAGUCUCGAGGAUAUGGAUCGCGUUUUCGGCAGCAAUACCGGAGAGCAAGAUGCGGAACUUCUCCGCGAGGCUCAGAGAGAAGUUGGCCUCACAGCCUUCAUUGAGCGCCUUGGUAGUGCCACUGGACGCGAUUUGGAGAAGAAAGAGGGCUCCCAGUAUAUUGAGAGUCUUGGCAACCGUACGACAGUCGGUUUAAAUGAUAUCUUGGCAUCUAAUACACCCCUCGACAAUUCACAGGGGCAGUCGACCUUACAGACUGUUCUUGGUCUCCCUGGCAGCUACCCCGGUGGUAGCCCCUUAAGCCUGGAGUAUCUUCGCUUAACCAGAGACUACUCGCUCUUACCACGAAGGCCAAUUAGUGUGAUAAGCAAUUACGAGACAGAUCUUCUGCGCCAUUUCCGGUACUCUGUUAGUCCAUGGAUUGAUGUGGGGGAUCCUUAUUGUGCAUUUGGAGUCCAAGCCCUGCUCAUUUCCAGAUCAAACCGGCCUCUCCAAGCUGCUAUUCUUGCUUUGUCUGCAAGUCAAAGACAGCUGCUCGCUCUGGGCUCCCAGGGUCAAGAUGUUGGUGGCAGUAUUCGAUUUCGCAAGGAAGCAGAAGCGAGUCUCGCUAUGGAGACUGACAUGUUGCGACGUACCGGUCAAGCUUUGUUGCUAUUACAAGAUCUCUUACCGUCCGGCGUACAAGGGUGGAGAGAUAAGCUAGAGGCUCACAUUGAGGCUGGUGGACUUGUUAUGCCUACUACCUUGGAGGAGGAAAUGGGUGAAGAGCUAUUUUGGCUGCAUUUUCGCCUUGGUCAGUGCUCCUCUGCUGAAUAA